UAAAAUAGGUGCCUAAAGAGUGUUGUUUGAACUACCAAAGAGUAUACAAACACAUUUCCUACUAGGCAACAAACAUCAAAUUAAAAAGAAUAACACCGUUACCAUGGCAACCGUUUAGUUUCAUCAAUAACGUCAUCUGUGACGCCGCUGAAAGAGGAUCACUUGAGGAGUUUCGAGAGGCGUCCAAGAGUUGGGCGUUUAAAUGGAUAAACCGUUGAGUGCUGGUGACUUCGCAGCCAUGGAGGAUCAGCUGAAGGCCUGCGUGGAGAAAGACAGGCGGUACUGGAGGGUGAACGACGUUAAGUGCGAUGCAAUACAUACUGCCAAAACUUAUGAGGAGUUCGCGGACCGCGUGGCUGCUGCUCACCUGCAACCUCUGGACCAGAAAGACUUUAAGAAGAAGUACCAUCGCAAUUGGAAUCAAUACGCUACUGAGGAGAAACGACCUACCGAAUAAACUUUAAUAAAUAUUUAAUGCC